UCUACUGGCAGACUAUCAGGUAACAGACCUCGUCAGACCUCAUCAACUCUCAGAGGUGUGUAAAAAGAGAGCAGCUCAGUGUCCGAGGGAGAACGUCCAGGAGAGUCAGAAGAGAGUAAAAGUCAGCUGUCAACUGAGCUCAAGGUAACAUGGGAGGUGGCGAAUCUAAAGCUGAGGUGUACAAAGCUACUUCACCACCACCACCACCUCCUUUGCUUGAAAAGCCAUGGAGGGAGCAGGAAUUCAGCUCAAGGAUAAGGAAUGAACUUCUAGAAGAAAUCCGAAACUACAAGACUCUGACAGAGUCAGUGGAAGAGCCCAGAAUCCUCCUGGUUGGGCAGAUUACAGCUGGGAAAAGCAGCUUCUUCAAUUCGUUGAACAGCGUCUUCAGAGGUCAUGUGAUGCUGCAGGCCGCAUCUGGGUAUGGAGACACCAGUGUAAGCAAACAGUACCGAACAUAUACAGUUCUAGAUGGAAAAGAUGGAAGGAAGCUGCCAUUCAUCCUGUGUGACACCAUGGGUCUAGAAAGUAAUCAACAGACCAAGAAAGACAAUAAUAAAGGACACGUCCCACACAUGAAUGAGUACCGAACAUAUCCAGUUCAUGAUAGAAAAGAUGGAAGUGAAGACAGUGGCAGUUUUAAAGGGAUCCUUGUGGAAGACAUCAUCAGCGUCAUUAAAGGACACGUCCCAGACUUGUAUGAGUUCAAUCCUAAGGCACCGAUAACCAGAAAUGACAGGCGCUACAGAGAGGACCCCAGACUGGCUGAUAAGGUGCACUGCGUCGUCUACGUAUUUGACGCAAACACAGUCAGCCUCCUCAAUCAAAAUCAGCUGAAGAAGUUUAAGUCAAUCAGGGCUGAAGUGAACAACAUGGGGAUUCCUCUGCUCGUGUUGGUCACUAAGAUAGAUGAAGCCUGCCUUGAAGUUACAAAAGACCUGACCAAAGUAUAUUGGAGCCGCUACCUUUAUCAGAAGGUGACCCAGCUUGGACAGGUGCUGGGAGUUCCCAUCUCCUCCAUCUCCCCAGUUAAGAACUACUCAAUAGAGACGGAGCUCAACCUUCAUGUGGACGUUUUGAUCCUGACAGCCCUGCAGCAGAUGCUACGAGCUGCUGAUGCCUGCUUUGAUGAUAUGAAGCUGAAAGGCCUCGCUCAGCGAAGAAGUUCCUGAUGUACUUUAUUUUGCUAUUGUUCAAUAACUUGAUUCCAUUUAAAUAAAAAUAUCUUUUUUAACAACUUCUCCAUCCAUUACAGCAUUGUUUUUAAGCGAAUUCCAGUCCACAUGCACAUUGAGUUGCACCAAUUAAUCCAAGAAUGUAGGAUGACCUGAGAAAAGCCCACAAAGACCUGAAGAAGUCAAGUAAAGUCAACCAAGGCCUUUACAGUCAUGAGGGAGCAACGCUAAUCUACACACCAGAGUGCCAGCCGUUUUGAUCGAGUGAAGUUGUAAUGUAGAGAUGUAGAGAAUUGUUUGAUGUUAGUUCUCUAAAUAUUUUACACAUUUAUUGCCUUACUUUGUUAUCUUUUCCAUUUCACUUUGUUUAACAUAGACAUGUAGUAUUAUGUUUAUCUUCUGAUCUUAAGAAUUAACUAAUAAAGAAUCUUGUAUUAAAGCUCAUUGUAGAACAAACUGUUUAAAUAAAUAUUACCUUAAA